AUGGAAGGUUUGAAGCCAAACAACAAAGAUGAGAAAGUGAUUGCAGAUGCUUCGAAAUCCUCCAAAAACCUACAAAACAUUUUUUUAAGCAUGGUCAAUGAUAAUGUGAAGUACAGAAUACGACUACCCAAAUCUCUGGCCAUCUUUGGUGGUCAAAGUUUUCUAAACCGAAUUCAUUUGCAAUUUAUGGAUUACUGUGGAGGAGGAAAAUACCACCUUAAUGAAGUAGACAACGCCAAACUACCACGCGACUUUACAGAGAUGGGGGAUUUCAUAUUCUUUUACGAAUCUCGAGAAGUUAAAGAAGCUUUUGAGGAAUAUGAGCAAAACACUGAAGAUGCUUUAUCAUUUGUGAAUGACAAAUGA